AACAGCAACAGACGAAAGAGUUUUUAGCCUAAAUCUCUGCAAACUUCCCGUCAUCUUACAAACAAAAAAACAUGGCCAACACGGCGCAUUUAUUUCGUAGACAAAGCUCGCGCGAUUUGAUCCAGCAGGCGACGGUGCGCAGCUUGGAUGAGCUAGAGCUAAGGGAACUCCGAAGUCGACUGGUGCGGGCGGAAAAUGGCAGUGGCGGACCGGGUGGGGGCCGGAGCGUGGCCUACGGGGCCACCAACCAGGCCUUCAUCUCCGACGAUGACCCACCGAUGGCACGGAUUUUGGACCUGGACAUGGGGCCGGCGUCGGCGCCACCGACGGGACCGAAGGGAGCUGGGGGAAAGUUGGCAGCGCAAAUGUCCGUGCACGAGCAGAUUGUGGCGGCCGAGCAGGCCGCGGCGGAAAGGCCAGAGGAUGAUCGGGAAGCCUGGGACAGCAAGUGGACGUUCCUGUUGGCGACCAUAGGUUACGCCGUCGGCCUCGGCAACGUGUGGCGCUUCCCGUAUCUGGCGCAGAAAAAUGGCGGCGGAGCCUUCCUGGUGCCGUACUUUGUGAUGCUGCUGCUGCAGGGCAUUCCGAUCUUCUACCUGGAGCUGGCGAUCGGCCAACGGCUGCGGAAGGGCGCGAUCGGAGUGUGGCACCAGGUGUCCCCGUAUCUCGGGGGGAUCGGCAUUUCGUCCGCCUUUGUGAGCUACAUUGUGGCGCUGUACUACAACACGAUCAUCGCGUGGUGCCUGAUCUACCUGGUGCACAGCGUCGAGUCGCCGCUGCCGUGGGCCGAGUGCCCGAAGCGGUUGUACAAGAACUUUACCUACGACAUUGAGCCGGAGUGCGUGGUGUCGUCGCCGACCAAGUACUACUGGUACAGGGAGACGUUGAAGGCGUCGCCGAGCGUGAACGAGCCGGAGGAUAUCAACUACAACGUGGCGAUCGCGCUGAUCACGGCCUGGUUCCUGGUGUACAUGUGCAUGGUACAGGGCAUCACGGAGUCCAGCAAGAUCGUGUACAUUACGGCGAUCUUCCCGUACGUGGUGCUGAUCAUCUUCUUCUUCCGCGGGAUCACGCUGAAGGGUGCCUCGGACGGCGUAAUGCACCUCUUUACACCGCGCUGGGAGUCGAUCCUGGAGCCGGUGGUGUGGCUGGAGGCCGGCACGCAGAUCUUCUUCUCGCUGGGGCUGGCCUUCGGCGGACUGAUCGCGUUCAGCUCGUACAAUCCGGCCAACAACAACUGCUACCGGGACGCGCUGGUGGUGUCCUUCACGAACUGCAGCACCAGCAUGUUCGCCGGAGUGGUGGUCUUUUCCGUGAUCGGAUUCAAGGCCCACUCGAUCUUCGACUCGUGCGUGGAGGAACGAACCGCGCUGAUGGCGCUGAACAAGACGGCCGAAGCCGACCUCCCCGUUUGCGAUCUUCAGAAGGAACUCGAAAACAGUGCCUCCGGAACCGGCCUGGCGUUCAUCAUCUUCACCGAGGCGAUCAACCAGUUUCCGGCGGCCCAGCUGUGGGCCGUCCUGUUCUUCCUGAUGCUGUUCACGCUCGGCAUCGAUUCGCAGUUUGGGACGCUCGAGGGCGUGACCACCUCGCUCGUGGACAUGAAGCUCUUUCCGAACGUGCCGAAGGAGGUCAUCACGGGGGGUCUCUGCCUGUCGUGCAGCAUUCUGUCGAUGUGCUUUGCGAACGGCGCUGGAAGUUACAUCUUCCAGCUGAUGGACAGCUUCGCCGGAAGUUACACGCUGCUGAUCAUAGCGUUCUUUGAGUGCAUCGGGGUUAGCUAUAUUUACGGGAUUAAGAGAUUCGCCGACGACAUCGAGCUGAUGACCGGUUCGCGACCCCAUCUCUACUGGAUGCUGUGCUGGAAGUACAUCUCCCCCAUUGCCAUGCUGACGAUCCUGGUGGCGUCCUUUAUCGAGCUGGCUUCCGAGGGAAGCAGCUAUCCGGGCUGGAACCCGCUGACCGGCAACACGGACAACCUCGAGUGGCCCCACUGGUGCGUGGUGGUCGCGAUUUUGCUCGUUUGCGUGUCCAUCCUGUGGAUUCCCGGCGUGGCCAUCUGUCGGUUAUGUGGCAUCAACAUAAUCGAGGACACCGAGCCGGCCUGGUUCCCGUCGGCGGAACUGCGGGACUCGCACGGGAUUGUGCCGCACGAGCCGACGGAUAUUGAGAUUUCGCUGUUUUGCAUCCGGCCGGAUGGGUCGGAGGGGCUUUGCUGUCCGACUUACGGAACGAGGGAGCAGCCGCUGGACGAGGAGGAAGAGUAAGGUGGGAAGGCGAGGGGGACAGGAAAACGAAGAGUGACAGAUGACAAUAAGGAAAGGGGUUAGUUAGGGGAGGAAAGUAAACAAAACAUAUUCAAAUUAUGACGAGAAGGUAAACAAAGAGAAAAGCUGUUGAAGUUUAAUUUGACAGUCCACGUUUUUUGUUCAUAAAUUUACCAAACAUUCAAUUCAGCUGUCAGAACGAGCUGUCAAAGUUAUUUAUACGUUCAAAAAGAUUAACUCAUUUAGGACUAUUAUUGUCCUAUAAAUUUUAAACUAAAAAAAAACAAAUUGAUUUUGAUUUUAGAACGAACUGUUAAGCAAAGGCAACCAACAGAAGCGCACGUAAAUAAAAGUGAAAACAAACAGCAACUAUAGUUAAGGUCACUAAUAAGCGUCGUUAAGUGAGAAUAACAAAACAAUAAACACAUCCCAAUAAAAGGGAAAAAACCUUGUAAAUGUUGGUCGUAGUUUUGAUCGGUAAUAUUAAAAGUGACAUUAAAAAAACAACAACAAGACUAUAAAAAAACUAAUAAUCUAUCGUGAGGAAAACAACAAGAAUUAUACAAUAUAUAUACUUACCUUAAAGCAAAUAGUUAUUUA